GAAAUGGGCUGUGUUCUGUGAUUGGUUUAAAAAUUAACCAAUGAGAGAGUUUUCGAUUUGACAGGUACCUAAACGUCAAAUUUUUUCGCUGAAAAGGUCAUUUGAGAAGGUCGUUUGCAGUUGAACUUCGAUAUUUCCUGAUUUUAAUCACUCAAAAAGCACGAAUCUACUAAAAAUGGGUCGCAAAUUCUGUGUUGGAGGAAAUUGGAAAAUGAAUGGCGACAAAGCCAGCAUUACCGCAUUGUGCAAAUUGCUUUCGGAUGCUGCUUUGGAUGCCAAUACCGAAGUCGUUGUUGGAUGCCCAUCGUUGUACGUUUCCUUCGCGCGUGGAUUAUUGCCCGCUUCCAUUGGAGUUGCUGGACAAAAUUGCUACAAAGCCGAGAAGGGAGCUUUCACAGGCGAAGUUUCUCCUCAAAUGUUGAAAGAUGUCGGCGCUGAUUGGGUUAUCCUCGGUCACUCUGAACGUCGUGCAAUUUUCGGAGAAACUGACCAACUCGUUGCCGAAAAAGUUGCAUACGCAUUGUCUCAAGGCCUCAAAGUUAUCGCUUGCAUCGGCGAAACUUUGCAAGAACGCGAAGCAGGACAAACCGAAGCUGUUUGCUUCCGUCAAAUGAAAGCCAUUUCGGAACUUGUGAAGGAUUGGAGCAACGUUGUUGUUGCCUAUGAACCUGUUUGGGCCAUUGGAACGGGCAAAACAGCAACGCCCCAACAAGCACAAGAAGUUCAUGCCGCUCUCCGCAAAUGGUUGGUUGAAAAUGUCUCCGCUGACGUUUCUGCCAAUCUUCGCAUUCAAUACGGAGGAUCUGUUACAGCUGCAAACUGCCGCGAAUUGGCAAGCCAAGGCGAUAUUGAUGGAUUUUUGGUUGGCGGAGCAUCUCUCAAGCCUGAAUUCGUUGAUAUUGUCAAUGCGAGAAAGUAAAUUUUGUUAGCUCUACAAUCACAAAAAAAAAUCAGAUCGUAAAAUUAUUAUUCGCAUGACCUUUAAGAUCAUGUACGUGUAUUGUUGCUAAGCAUUUCUAAAAAUAUAUUUUUCUUGCAUCAAGUUUAACACGAGUCAAACGAAAAGACCAUAAGAUAGUCACAAGAAAUAAUUAAUAAGCAAAAGUUAUUCUGAUGUAGAAAUCUGGCAAAGUCAAUAAAUUUUAAUGAAAUUAUAAAAAAA